ACCCCUGGAAAGGGUAUCCUUGCUGCUGAUGAGUCCACUGGGACAAUUGGCAAGCGUCUAGCCAGCAUCAAUGUCGAGAAUGUCGAGUCCAACAGGCAGGCACUGCGGGAACUUCUCUUCUGCUGUCCUGGUGCUCUCCAAUACCUCAGUGGUGUAAUCCUCUUUGAGGAGACCCUCUACCAGAAAACCAAAGAUGGUAAGCCUUUCGUUGAUGUCUUGAAGGAAGGUGGUGUUCUUCCGGGCAUCAAGGUUGACAAGGGUACAGUUGAGCUUUAUGGCACCAAUGGUGAGACCACCACCCAGGGACUUGAUGGACUUGGCCAGCGCUGCCAGAAGUACUAUGAAGCUGGUGCCCGGUUUGCUAAGUGGCGAGCUGUGCUUAAGAUUGGGAUAACUGAACCAUCUCAAUUAUCCAUCAAUGAGAAUGCCAAUGGCUUGGCACGCUAUGCCAUCAUCUGCCAAGAGAAUGGACUGGUUCCAAUUGUUGAACCAGAAAUCCUCGUCGACGGAUCUCAUGACAUUGACAAGUGCGCAGACGUGACUGAGCGUGUCCUUGCAGCAGUCUACAAGGCGUUGAAUGAUCACCAUGUCUUGCUAGAGGGGACUCUUUUGAAGCCCAACAUGGUGACCCCUGGAUCAGAGGCCAAGAAGGUAGCCCCAGAGGUAGUGGCCGAGUACACAGUCCGGACCUUGCAGAGGACAGUGCCUCCUGCAGUCCCUGCUAUUGUGUUCUUGUCCGGUGGACAGAGUGAGGAAGAGGCAACUCUUAACCUCAAUGCCAUGAACAAGGUUCAGGGUAAGAAGCCAUGGGCUCUAUCAUUUUCCUUCGGACGUGCCCUGCAGCAGAGCACACUGAAGACAUGGCAAGGCAAAGAGGAGAACAUAGAGAAAGCACGGGCUGCCUUCCUUAAGAGAUGCAAGGCAAACUCCGAAGCAACCCUUGGUACCUACAAGGGUGAUGCUGGAGAUGGAGAAGGUGUCUCUGAGAGUCUCCAUGUCAAGGACUACAAGUACUGAUGAAGUAAUGGCUUCUCUCUUGCUAAUUUGAUGAUUAUAUAAUAGGAGAGAGGAGAUGGGGAAUAGCAGCCCCUUUUGGUAGGCUUAAUGAGGUUUUCUUUCUUCUUUUGUUUAAUAGCCUGGAGUUUGGAGGGAGAUGAUAUUAAGUUUGUAAGACCAUGCGAGUUUGAACUGUGUUUGUCCUUUCUGUUGGGCUUUUUUUUCCUACCUUACGGGCUUUGGAUAGCCUGUCCCUUUGGCAGAAUUGGUGGUAAGUAAAUAACAUGAGUUUAUUAGUAUUGAGCUUGGAUCAA